GAUGACGGCUGCUAUAGCUCAUUUAUUCAACGGCUGACAUCCGGGAGGUACUAGCGAUGUAAAAUGGAUAUCAAUAGAACUAGUUUGUGAUGCUUAAGGUGUUCAAAAAUGUGGUGAUUUUUUUCUAAGAAAAUACAACACGUCUCACAGCAAUUGUCUAGUACGAGUGUGGAUAGAAAUUUUUGGAAGACAUCUUGUCUCAUACAGCAGGCUAAUUUAUCACUGAAAAAUGGAUUACGUGUUUGGUUAAUUCGUGGUCUUUCAACAGCCGUGAAUCUUCUCUAUUCCUUUUAAAUUAAUUUGUGCAUGUUAGAUGGUAAGUAAGGUUAUAAGCUUACAUUAUUCGUACUAAAGAGAUUUUAGCUGUCAGUUAAAUGUGUCAUCUUAAUUUUUACUUUGAGGUUAUGAGUAAUUCCACAUUAAAAACGUAAUCUGUGGCGAAAACCUGUAAGGCUGGCGAAUAUCUACUUUUCAAGAUGAUAGUUUUAUUGUUUCAUAGCAAAAAAGCCCUUUCCAAGUAGAUCCAAGCUCAAUACAGGUGAUCGAUAAGAAUUAUUUUAUUAAUGUUUCAUUUAUUACACAGCACGCAGGGAAGAAAUAUUAUCAAUAGCUUUUAUUUAAAAAGUCAUAGUUGAAGACUUUGCCCAAAGCUGAAUGUGGAGAAUACCAAAUAAUUCCAAGGGUUUGAACAUCUUUAAGUGAGCAUAAGCAUCGAAGAAGAUGGCAACAAGAAUGGCAAAAAGCAAAUAGGCUGUGAUUAGCAAAAUAGUAAGCUUUGCAUGUGCGUCAUGCUUUUUUGUACAUUUCUUUACUGUCAUUGCACAACCACGACGUGAAACAGGGUCUGGAAGGGUAUUUUCGGGAUUCGGGAUUUGACCAAAAUAUGGUGCGGGAAUCGGGAAAACGAUAAAUAUAUUGAUGGGAUCCGGGAUUUGACUGUUCCCCGGGAAGCGGGACUCGCCGAAAAUUGGGCACGGGAUGCGGGAUUUAUGUUUGCGUGUCCGUCGGGAAUGCUGGAAACCCUUAAAAACACGCGUAAAUUCAAAAUAUCAAUCGAAAGGAUCAACCUACAUCUUACAUUUAUUAGCUUUUGUAGACAUUAGACUUUUUAAUGUAUUUUUCUUAGAAAGAAAAGCGGUAUUCGGGAAACUGAUGAAAAACGUGGGGGAUGCAGGAUUCUCGCGAAAAAGGGGCCAGAAUGCGGGAUCAGGACCACCCCUUCCAGACCCUGGUGAAACUUCCUAAUUUACUUGUAUUCUGAAGGAUGGAACACAAGAUAACGAUUUUCUAAUUAGUUUGGAAAAUUAGAUACAGCCUUUAGAAUUCUUAAAAAAUGAACCACAACUUUCAAUUUAAAGCAGGACAUGUUUGGAUCAAUCUAUGAUCAUCUUCAGUAAAAAUAGUAUGAUUACUAUGAUUUGAGUUAACAAUAUAUGAUGGAGCAAUAAUAUUGCACUAACAUUACAACCCGAUUGUGAUUACAAAUUGAACCUAAUUUCUUUAGAAUUCAACUCCAAAAAAUUUAAUAAGCAUUUGAAUCAUUGAACAACAUGGAAUACAAGUGAUGAAUUUGUAAGAGAGGUUUUAGCCACUGUUGUCAUCAUUGCUAUAAGCUGACCCUAACUUUUCAAUCAAAUUUUCUAAUCCUUAUAUUGUAUGAGCAAAGGUUUCAUAACACUUAAGGAAGUAAAAAUCAGUAAUAAAAUCAAGUUGAAUUAAUUGCUGAUUUAUACAAAAUAUUUUUUUCCGUGUUCAUAGUUUUCUUUAUCAAUAAAUAUCGACAAAUUUGAGUAGUUUUUUUUGGUCACUACUAGCGAUGGCUGGUAGGGAUUUGCAGUGAAUCAUUUUCAUUUAAGGGCAGCUGCAGCUUUUUGUCAAACAUGAUACUCAGUUAUACGCAGCGGCUCAUGAUAUACAGUCCUCAAUAAUUUGCAAUGAGAGGAGAAGUCGUUAUGUCAUGUUGCCAUAUGGUAGCAAAAUUUCUGGAUGACAACCAACUUAAAAAGUGUAUUCACACUGUUUCAAACUCCAUCAAUCUUAUUCAGUUUCAUUUUAUUUAAUGUCAAAUGUUAGCAAGAUUUUAUGGGGUUGAAUCCAAACGGACUGCACAUCUAAGUUUAGAAAAAGAAAAAGAAAAAGAAACUUUUCUGUUGUGGUCACCCACUCCAUAAAGCGGGUGUGUGAAAAUAGGAAGUUUUGUGUUGCAGUCAUUUAAUGAUGGCAAAGAAAUGUACAAAAAAGCACGAUGCAUGUGCAAAGUUGUUUUUUUGGAAAUCUAAACCUAUUGCGUUUAUGCUGUUCUCGUUGCUCCCCAUUGUUGUGAUGCAGAAAUUUUGCUAACAUGGUUAUGUGAGGUCACACUUCUCUUCUCUAUAACUACCUUAUAGUAGAAACAUUGGAUAAAAACUGCCAAAUAGACAACAAAAAUUUAUUGAAAAACUACUGAAUACAAUAAAAUUUGCUCAGCUACGCUAAGAUUUUAUAUUAACUUACUUUCAUAGUAUAUUGCUCAUUAUAAUAUUUAGUUACGGGAUUCAUAAGAAAAGAUUAUUAGUUGGCAAGAAUAGGUAGUUUUCUUUAAUACAAACUUUAUUCCUAGAUUGAACCUUUUCUAUAGUAGUUUAAUACUACUUUAAUAUGAUUUUUAUCCAAUUUCUCAUAUUGUUAACCUUAAAAAACUGCACCUGAAUCUGCAUCUGCAUCCCAGUGCUUACAGUACUUUUUAAUUGGUUUGUUUUGCAAUAUUGAUAAGUCCAAAAUGCCCCUAGUUAGUACAUGUAAAGGAAAAAGCACAUUAUUAUUUUAAUUAAUGCUAAGAACAAUAUUAUCUUUGGCCUUGUGAUGUAGUCUCAUAAAAUCUCUUUAUUAUUGUAUGAACCACAAUGAACAGCCAUAAUCUUAAUAUUUUUAUCCACCAAUUUUGUUAGCUGCUCUUGUCCACUUCAGUAUUACUAAACCUAUAUUAUUCCCUUUCAUAUUCAGGUCAUCAAAUUAGAAAAACCUGCAUCUUAAAAUCCUUGCAGUUAUGACUGCUUUUGUUGACUCCAAUCGGAGAUCAAGAAAGAAGCUCCCGGAUAUCCCUCCAGAGGAGCUGGCCUUGCAUGGCAGAACAGACCCUGAAACAGCCAAUAGACAUCACGAACUACCACCCGAGGUGCAGGCACAAUUUAUCAAACAUGUUCACAGAAGAUCAAGGUCAUUGACAGGCCUAGAUACCAUGGAGUUUGAAAGGCAGCAGCAAGUAGAAGCUGAGAAAGAGAAUGUGGAACCAGCUACUCAAGGGCAAAAUGUGAACUUGUCUGAAAAUAAACAGGAGGUUGUAAAUGAAGAAGAAAUUUCUAACUUUGCAAGAUCCUUGCCAUCAACUCCAGGUACUGAAAAUCAGAAAUAUACAGUUACUCUUAUCGGUACUUCAGUCUGAAACAGUCUUUUGGACAGGAUCCCCUUUCUUAGUGAUAACAAGAUUGUGAGCAGCUUGGCAAAGGGAUUAAAUGAAAGCUAGCUGAUUCAGACUCAAAAAACAUCUCAAAACGGUCAUGUUUAUAGGAAACCCUGUAGUCAGCAGACUUGCCCCUUAGUAAGUCCUGUAAUUUUCUGAAAGCAAAUCUACAUCAAGUGGCCAACAUCUGUUAAGCAAGACUAGCAGGGGCAUAGCCAGCUUUUUUAUUUGUUGUUGAAAUUUUCUGAAAGCAAAUCUACAUCAAGUGGCCAACAUCUGUUAAGCAAGACUAGCAGGGGCAUAGCCAGCUUUUUGAUUUGUUGUGUUGUAGGCCUGGCUGACAGUCGGUAGGAAUUUUAAUAUUUCCACAUAUCCUGAAAAAUGCUUGUUUAUAAUUCUGUUGAUUGCGCUCAUGACCAUAGUAUGCACUGACCUCACCAUCACACUGAGCUCAUGAGCUCUUUAGUUCAACCCAACAAUGCACAAUUUAUUACAAGUUGUAGAGUGAUCUUGAAAACCAAAAAUUUGUAUGCCUAGGUCUACCGGUCUACCGGUCUAUGGGCCUGGCUACGCCCAUGACUAGGAUGGAUCCAGUGGAAGGUUUUUACUUUAUCUGUGAUCUUAUUUUUGAUCAUGUUUAGUAUUUAAGUUAUUUUGGCAUGUACAAAAUUAAUGUAAACUGAAGGUCAAAUACUGUAAAAUUCCGAAAAUAAGCCCCGGGGCUUAUAUUUUUCAAAGGCCCUUUUCGAGGGGCUUAUUUUUGGAGGGGCUUAUAUUCAGAUCUACGCAGGGAAAUUUGCGUUUCAAAAUUGAUUGGACUAGCCUUAUAGUUUAAAGUAAAUUUGCGUUUUUUUUUGUUUUACUUUGUAUUUGAGGGCAAUUUUCCAAGUACAAGCCCCCGGGGGCUUAUAUUUGGAGGGGCGAUUUAACGGAGGGUUUUUUGCAUUACCGGUUUGGGGGCUUGUAUUUGGAGGGGCUUAUACAUGGAGGGGCUUAUUUUCGGAAUUUUACGGUAUCCUUUUUUCUGCUGCAAGGGUGGCACAGUGGUGAAAUAUCUUAUGUGGCAUAAGUUCAACUCCCACAGGCAACCUUAUACAUUUAUGUGGGUUGAGCUUGUUGUUGGUUUUUCACCUUGCUCCAAGAGAUUUUUCUCUAGGUAGUGAUCCAUGCAGUUUCUCCUCUUCUCAAGAACUAGCCUUUGUGGACUUGCUACCACUAAAUCUUUCAUUAAUUAAUUAAUUAAUUUAGUAAUUUUUUAUUUAUAAAUAAUAUUAUAUGGUUCUUAGGAAAAGGACCUGGUCAAGAAUGGAAACCCAAUCUUAUUCAUUCAUUACCUUCUCACCUGUUCUAGUUACCAGUUGUAAGUUGAGCACCAAUUCAGUGAAAACCACAGAAGAAAAAGAAGAACUUAUGAAGGAGCUUCGCUGGCAUUAUAAACAGUUUGUGAGGACCUCUAAAAAGAAAAAGGAAAAACAAGUUGAUGUAAGUAAGGAAGUGACAAACCAGGUAGCAUUCAAACCCCAAAUUUGACACUAUAAAAGGUACAUAAGAAUGUAAUGAUAAGAAGACAUGGUCCAUUAUGUGCAAAAGUUCAUAUAUUUGGGUUUGUUUAAAUUGAAGGCAAGUGUUGCUGCUGAAGACAAUAAAAGUGUGCUGAGUUUAGAAGGAAUAACUCUUAACAUUGAGGUACGGUGUAAGGCAUAUCAGUUCCUAAACAUAGAACAAAAGAAAGAAUAACAUAUAUGUUAUUCUUUCAUAUUAUGAGCUAAUGGAUUCUCUGGAAAAAAUAAAUCAAACUGUGUGAUUAUUCCUUUGAAAUCACAUUGUAAAUGGUGUAUGUUCAAGCCAAGUUCAAAAUUGAUUUCUUAAACCUGUUGCAACUACAGUUAGGCUUGCCUGUAAAGAGAUGACAGUGAUUUCACUAAUUCUUUUUGGAAAACCACAAAGGUCAUUCAAGGACUUUUUUUCCUUUCUUUUAUAGUCUAGCCCUCCAAAUAGUGCUUCUCUAAUCAGGACAAACCGGUGUGACCAGCCCAAAUGUGGCAAGCCUGUAGAAAUCCUUGAGCGUGUAGCUGUUGAAAACCACGUCUUCCACAAGAGUUGUUUUGUUUGUGCCAUAUGUAGCUCUUGGCUGAACCACUUCAAUUACUGCUUUGUCCCUGACCAUGACAAGUUCUACUGCACACAGCACUACCAGGAUAUUGAGAACGCUAGCUUUGGUUUAGGAGAGGAUAUUCGUCAUGCCAUGGGAAUUGGACCUGGUGUGCGGCAGCAGUUUAAGUUUACACCAGGUUUGUUAAUAAAGAUGUUUAACCCUUUCUUUAAGCCCCAAUAGUGAUCAGCAUCAAAUUUCUCGUAACAGUAUCACUGCCAAAUCAAAUAUACAGGUAAAGAGAACAAAUGAAAUGAUCAGCACUGAUUAAAAUUGUCCAGAUGUUUGAACAAAUUCUCUCAAUCAGUACAAUAAGGAAUAUAUGGAGAACAGUGAGGAGAAUACUCUUUAUGUUUAUAUUGGGACUUUUAGGCUUGAAGCAGGUUCUAGUAUUAGGGACCUUAAGAUACCCUGGACGCGGCGGUAAAGAGAAUGGAGAAAGCCUGGAGCAAGGACGCCCCUACCUUUGCGGGAAAAACAAAUUAAGAUUGAGCAGGUUGGGUUGAGUGCUUGCCUGAUGAGAGAGGAUAAAGUAAUGCUUUCGUGUUUUAAUUCCAUGACGUCUUUGAGAAAAACUCGUGAAGUCUUCCUUGAUUGAUACCUUAACGAUCUUUUAUUGGAAGAAAAAUUUGUGCUGCCGGCUAUGACUCCAGUUUCUCUAAAAAAAAAACAAAUUUCUUUGUGGGAAACUUGGGGUAUGAUCGGAGUUCAGGUUAUCAGCUAUUUGUUACCAGACUUUUUUGCUUUCCGUUGUUCUAGAUCUUGCUUUAAAACGAUAUGGUUCCGUUAUGAGAACUUCCCGUACUAAGGCGAGAUUUUGAUCUUCAGACCGCUCCAUCGCUGAACUGAAAGUGAACAAAAUAAAAUUAUAAAAGUUAAUAAAUGAACCAUGGCAUCUUGUUCAAGAUCUCAAUUUUUUCCGACAUGUUCAAGUUUAUUACAAGCCUAGUUUUUUGUUUUCCAACAAUUUUUAUUCGACUUCUUGUCUCUUAAAUUUUUCAAAUACUAUCCUAAAGCGAGAACGUUGUCCCCUUUAAUAAAAACAAGCAGUUAAAGUGUUACAUACUCAGCGCUUUCAUCCUCAGUUGCUGCCAAAACACUGAACCCAAAAGGCUUGAUAGCAAAAAAAUAAGAGUCAAUCUUGAGAGAACACCACACUAAAAACACUUAAAUGUGUCUCUUGAAGUAAAAUGGAUCGAAAAUCCUGUAUGAAAAGCAAUUUCUGCACUGAAAUCAAGAAAACCAACUAACCGUUUUACAAGGCGGCCAAACUUCUAGUUUUCACCGUCGCGACUUCAGGUCGACGCUGUGGCAUUAUGCUAAUUAGUUCCAAGAAUUGAACAUUUCACUUCUGGUUGUUCUCCUCGGCCGCGUUCAGAGUAUCUUAAGGUCCGUAUUAAAACAAGUGGCCACUCUCUAUUCCCACUUGGCAGAGUCCUUGCAGACAAAAACUGUCUGUCAAUCACUGUUAUUAGAAUCUCUAUUAAGCAGCCAGCAUUUUUUGAGUGGCCAUGCGCUUGCCCACUAAAUAGAGUUUCAGAGUUUUUUCAUAGUCCUUUUUUAGUCUGAUUACAUGACCUCCUGAAAAUUCUAAAUAAUUUACCACAAAUAUUUUCUUCCCUGUCAGGGGUUUGAUUUAAACUUUGUCAUGGCCAUUAACGUUUGAUAUAUUAUUGUCACUAGAUGCAGUUGAUGGAACCAAAGGUUCCAAAGCAUUGAAUAAGACACAAAACUCUAUCAGGAUUAUGAAGGAGAAAAUUGCACUGCUAAGUAAACGAGGAAAGAAACUGGUGAAAAAAGAGAAAAAACUCAGGUCUAAUCUUGACAAGUUUAAAGGUAAAAUUUUAUUUCUAUGGGGUUCACUACUUAACAGCAUUUUGAAUAUUACGUUCUUACAGAAAUUUGUUUUUACAUUUACAAUUUUUAUUUCAAAAAUGAAGGAAAGAAAUUAAUUGGGGUUUUUGCAUUAUUAUAAUUCAACCCUUGCCAGAGGGUAUAAUUAACCCUUUAAUUCCCAGUAGUGACCAAGAUCAAUUUUCUCCUAACAAUAUCCAAACACUGUCAAAAGUUAAGUUAGGAGAAUUAAUGAAAUGAUCACCCAAGAGGAAAUGCCUUAAUCUCUUAUCAGAUUCUCUCAACUACUUCUUGAAGGAAAUGUAUGGAGAUCAGUUUGGAGAAUUUGUAUGUGGAUAUGAAAAAUUGUUUUUAGGAAAAACGUUUUUAUUAUGCCAAGUUUGAACCUCUCCUUUAAAUGGCUAAUCCUUGGGGACAGAAUAAAAGUGGUCAUUUUAUAAGGUUAAUUUUUUAUCUGGGGAGGAAGGGGUGUAAUAUGAAAAAUUGUUUUUAGGAAGUACAACGUGUUUAUUAUGCCAUUAGUUCAUGCUUAUACUCUAUAAUAUAAAUGGUAAUCUAAUCAUUAUAAAAUAUAUAUGUUGAAUAAUUUUUUUGAAUCAAAAUGUCUGAGCGUGACAAAAUAAGCAAGGUUUGCAACAUUCACUAUAAGUAUCAUAUCACUGUUCGCCAUUCAUGGAGGUUCGACUCUAGUUAUCUCUUUUUCCAAGGCUCUGACGCAGAAAAGCGGGCAUUAUGGUUGGAAUGGUUUUCUGCUACGCAGGAUAAAAAUGCCACAGUAAGAAGAGAAACAGAACUUUCAUUUAAGUAAGUAGUAACUUUGUGGUAGUUUUACUUUCCAUUUGACAACGAGAAAACGGAUGAGAAGGAAAAUACGUUCCAUGCAUAUAUUAGGGCCAUUUAUACGAGGAAAAAUAAGACGUGUCUUACAUAAGGCUCGUCUUAAAUAAGACGCAAACUGUACCAUUUAUACGAGCAUGUCUUAUCUAAGAUGAGAACAGUUCGUAUAAAUGCUUCGCGUCUUAUUUCUGUUCUUGACUCAUUUUCAUGUAAAUGUUGCCCAUGGCAACAGCAAACCAACAUGGCAUGCCAAAAAUUAAUGCAUGUGUACUAUGCGUUCGCGUCUUAUGUAAGACGCUAAGGUCAUUUAUAUGAAGUUUUUCUCAUCUUAACUAAGACACAUCUUAUCUAAGAACAGGUGUUAAGGGCUGUUCUAAUUUAAGACGUGUCUUAGCUAAGUCGCGUCUUAUCGUAGACGAAAUGUGCCGUUUAUGCGGAAAGUUCGCGUCUUAUUUGAGAUGCUUCUCAUGUAAGAUGCGUCUUAUUUUCCUCAUAUAAAUGGCCCUAUUGUGCUGAAGUUCCAGGGGAGAGAGGAGUCAGUUAAGGCAUAUGUUUUUACAGGAAAUUUGAAGCUAAACUGGUAUUUUCAUAGGGGUGGCAGAGAGGGAUGGGUGAAGGGUAAACCAAAAAGUCUUCCAGAGAAUGGAUAUUUUCUUGAACAAAACAUUGAAAUUAAGAUUACAUUAUUUAAAACGUAAGCAGCUCUCAAAAAGCCUGUUUAUGCUAUUUGGCUCUUUAUGUUUAUGCUGUUUAUUGUUAGUAGGCACCACAGUUUCUUGGUGUUGUAGAUGUUUUACGUAAAACAAAAGAACCCUAACAAAAAAAUCAACACAACAGCAAAAAGGUGAGAAAUUUAGGCAGCAGUUUUAUUUUCCCUAUCUCGUAACACCUAAUAUUAAUAUUGUUAGUAGUUAUAGUUGCACAAGAAGGUGGCAAAUAUAAUUUUUGUGACCUCAGGGUGCAAAGAAAAUCAUUUUUACAGCUUGCCAUUCGGGCAAGCUGAAGCUAGCAUUUACUAGCCCAGACGUCAUUUCAACUAGCCCCCAAAGCUUUUUGACCCGCAGAAUUAAUUUCACAUUUCUUCUGUUAUUUGAAUUCCUCAAAAAACAUCAGUUGCCCUUUGGGCAAGUUAAAAAAAGACUUCACUAGCCUGAUAGCAAAAUCCACUAGCCCCGGGCUAUCGGACACGACUUUCUUUGCACACUGGACCUUCAACAAGAUGGUUAUUUACUAUAUACAUAGUGUGUAUGUUUUUAGGUCAAUGGUUUUUGUUUUAGUUGAUAUGAUCCACUACCCUUUAACCAAACAUAAGGGGGAAAAACUUAGACAAGGUUAAGACAUCAAUCUCUGACAGACUUUCUCUUUGCCAGGGUAAGGGAAUUAGAACUUGCACAGAAGUAUUCUGAGUUGGAGAAAAAACUGAGAGAAUUGACAGAGAAGGAUGGUAAGUUAGUCUAGUACUUUUUCACUAAACAGCAUUAACUAUAAGAUCGGUCAUGGCCACCUUUUAAACAAAUGUUACCAUAAUAUAAGAGCUAGGAGUCAAAAACGUAUUUCAAGGGAAUUCUACUGCUGUUGGUGGCAAUUGCAUUGGGGUUAAAAUCUCACUUGAAGGGCUGUUAUUCCAUAAAGGUAUAGCUCUGCUUUGUUUGGUAAAGUUUUUGUAUAUAUGUUACAGUUCAAAAUAAAAUUCAGGUUAAAUUUUUUUAACCUAGGUUAAUUCUCAUUUUCCUUUGUCUCCUAGCCCUAAUUGUUCAUGAAUUAGGGCUAGGAUCGAUACAAAGAAAAUAGAGAAUCAACCGAGGUUAAAAAAUUUUACCCUGAAUAUAAUUUUGACCUGUAACAUUUUCGCCACUUGCACAUUUCCUAUAAUGCACCUUAUUUGCCCCCCAAAAUUUUGCAUAACCUUCGUUUUUCAUUUUUCCUGGGUAUUACAGCUGUCCCAAGAGAAAUAAAAAACAAUGCUUCUGCAAAAUUUUGGGGGGCGAAUAAGGUGCCUUAUUGGAGAUGUGCAAGUGGGGUAUUUUGCUAAACCCAUUUGUUCCUGGAAAUUUUGCUGAAAAGUGCCUGGUGAAGCUAGUUGGACUUUUUUUUGGUAGCUUUCUGGCUAAAACAAACUAAAACUGCUCAAAAUGCCGUUAAAAAGUCAGUCUUGUCGAAUAUUAUCAGCUUUUGAAGUUCGGGCUUGCAGAAGCGAAAAUUAUUUUGACCCUCAACUUUUACCUUUCCCUUUCUCUUCUCCCUUCUUCUUUAAUGCUUUUCUUGCAUCGUUAACUCGUUUUUCUUUUGCUGAGCAAAACCUUUUGGGAAAACGUUCGGAAAAGUAGGAUUAAGUGGAGUGAAGUUAAGUGUAGUGAGGUGGAUCAGGAUUUUUAUUGAAAUUUUCGGGUCAAAUAAGUUUUCGCAUUUUUGUCUGGUCUGUUUUACUGACUCAUGCUCAUUCAGGUAUGGUUUGAAAGAUCUCUUCCCUUGGAACAAGUUACACGAAGAUGACAAAGUUGUCUAUGACUGUUAAAACUGAUGAUGUCACAAGUGGUACAAUGGAUGGGUAUCCACACACAGGCGGGUCAGGCUUUAUGGGUUAAUGAGGAGAUUGGUUGGUGGUGGAAUUGCAUUGGAAAUUCAGCUAUUAAAAACUGAUUUCUUGACCUGUGACCCCUCUACUCCCUGUAACUAUUAACUAAACUAAUAUGAAGCUCUAGAGUACUGUAUUAAGUACCUUGUCAGAAUUUGAUAGAGAGUUUAUUUAUUUUGACUAACAAUAGACGACUGUUUAACUGUGACAACAGACAGAUCGAAACGCACCAAUUACUGAUUACGAGUCUUCAUAGCCAAUAACAUCAUGGCUUAACUGACAGACGACCAAUACCAUCACGAUGUAAUUGACCAAUCAAAUCAAUAACCAGAGUAUAAUACCAUCAACUGACGUGAUACAACUCACUUUGACUCUGAAGAUGACUACCGCACAGGUUGUCGAAACGUCAGUCACUGUCAACAACAACAGUCCUAUUCAGGACUACAUUCACCCAGACGAUCAAACUCAACCUACUUUUGAGAGUAUAGUGUUCCAUUUUGUUUUAACAGAAAACACAAAGACAGCGUAUGACAAGUCUAAAGAGAAAGAGUUAUUACAAGAAAUGCUUGAGGUGGUUGGAAAAAGAGAGCAACUCAUAUCUGAUGUGGAGGAUACCAAGAAAAGGUUAAAAAUACUGGUAGAUUCAUAAUUUGUGUAAUGCCAUGAUCAAGGUGUUAAAAACAAUUUUUUUUAGAAAUGUCGUUUGUACUUUUAGAUGGUGCAGUUUAUGUUAGAGCCUACAAGAGCAGAUGUUUUUAUCAUCUUUUGUUUCUGAAGUACAGUGGACAAAUUAUUAAAAUUUACCAAAAAUACAUGUCUCGCAAAUGCUCGCAAAUCUCCAAGUCAAACCCUGACGGGCCAGUUAAGAAAUGGAUGGCCAUAACCAGCUGCAAAUAUCCUGCUGUAUAGACUUUUAUUUAUUUAUUUCCUUUUCUUUUUUCUUUGUUUCCUUGUUAUAUUGCAUUCUUAAAUGGAUAUAAUUAACAGUGACUCUUUGAAAUUAAGGUGAAUUGUGGCAGAAUAUUUACCGAAUUUUAUAAUUUGCCUUUUUAACCUUUGCAAAGUGUCUGGGUGUCUGAGUCCGUCAUAAAAAAUUAAAUUUGCAAAAUAAUGUGGUUUUUCAGGGUGUUAUGAAAGAACAAUGCCGAAAAAGCCUGCUUUCCAAAAAUUAGCAUUCCAGGGCAAAUUGUCUUUGAGAUAUUAGCCUAGUUAUGAUCUGUUGACUCCCCACAAAUCUGUCUAAAUUUGACUCAGUUCGUGUCAGGAACCGAGUCAAAUUUAGAAGGAAUUGUAUGGAGUCAUCAGAGCAAAACGGGACUAAUAUCUCUGCAACAAUUUGCCCCACAAUGCUAGUUUUUGGAAAGCAGGCUUUUUCGGAGUUGUUCUUUCAUAACACCCUGAAAAACCAAACCUAUUGAUAUGCAUGUUGGUUAUGUUUCUGAAUCUCGUUUUUCAGCAGGAACGGUUUAACGGAUUUCUAUGGUUUUUAGCAUCCUAAAUAAAGAAUUGUGGAACUUCAAGAAAAUGUUAUUAAUUUGUUUUUUUGUAGGAAUAAAAAAUUUUGAGAUAUUGGCAUUUUUACAUGCAGCAAGUUGUAUGGUCAUGAUUGACUUCAAACUUGCGGGUUUAAAACUACUCGAGAGUUCUAAGGCUUAGAACUCUCUAAGUUAUUUACUUUUUUUGUAAAAAUAUGCCAAUAUCUCAAACGUCUUUAUUCCUACAAGAAAAUAAAUAACAUUCUUAAAGUUCCAGCAUUCUUUAUUGAGGAUACAAAAAAACUUAGAAAUCAGUUAAAUCAUUCCUGCUGAAAAAUGAAAUUAAAAAACAUGACCAACAUGCACAUAAAUAGGCUUGGGCCACCUUAAAGUGCUUGUUUGAUUUUGUCAGGUAUGUGGAGGAAGACAAAUUGCUGGAAAAAGAAAGGAGAGAAGCAGGUCAGAGUUUCCAAAAUUCAGAAACUGUGAAACGU